AUGGCAGCGGUGACAACCUCCUCCGCCAACAUUAACAACAACAACCCCUGCGGCGGCGGCGGCUUCUUCAACUUCCGCUCCAAUUCCACCGCCAGCAGAGGAGUCCGCCACCACCACUCCCCCGCCGCCUCUUGCAGCAAGCUCGACGGCGUCGCCAUGUGGCUCGUCAACGGCGUCGCCGCCGCCUUCUUCGCCUCCUUGGACAGCUGCUCCUGCAUCCGGAUCGCCACCGUCGACGAUGACGCCGAAGACGCCAACGACGCCCCACUCAUUCUCAACGACGCCAGCGUCACCCCGCCGCCGCCCAGGAGGAGGACCAGAGCCAAGAAGCAGGGCGCUAUGUUGUAUGCCGCUUUCUAA